CGUGACGGUGAUAUCCGGCGGCUGCAAGUAAGAUUCGUGGUGUCCGCGCCCGAAACGUAGCAUGCAUCCACUCCACUCGACGACGUCGAGUUACUCGCAGGCACUCUCCAUAUAAUUGGCCUACUACAUAACCGCACAAUUAUGAACUUACAAACGCUCUUUCAGGACUUCAAUCCGAGCAAAUUUCUGGUGCACACAUGUCUGAUGAUAUUCACAUCUCUGUUCGCCCUUCGAUUGGAUGGCUUCAUCGAGUGGAGCUACUGGUCGAUAUUCAGUCCGAUAUGGUUCUGGAAGGGCAUGGUGAUCCUGGGGGCAAUAGUCGGCAGCUACGUCUGGUGGAGGCAUCCUCACGCAAGAUUGGAGGGGGAUGCCUAUGUACAUUACAAGGCGAUGUUGAUCACCCUGGCGUUACAUCUGAUCCUGUUAAUGUUCGAGCUGCUAGUGUGUGAUAAACUGGAGUCCGAGAGGCACUUGUGGAUCCUGGUAUUCAUACCCCUAAUUUUCAUCUCGAUAGUAUCAAUCGCGGUUUGCAUCUGGGCAGUAAAACACGAUCGAUCAUUUGAGCUGGAACUGUUCUGCGCAGUUAAUGUGUUACAAUUUAUCUUUCUGGCUUUACGAUUGGAUGGCUUUAUAACAUGGAGCUGGGAAGUUGUGUUCGUGCCGCUUUGGGCACUUCUUUGCUUAUCUCUAGUAGCUGUUUUAUAUGCUAUUGUGUUCGCCGCUGUUUUACUGAGAACGCCGCAAAUCAACGCUCGCCAGAGGCGGACUUCCUUGCACUCCGCCGUAGCAUAUACGUUUCUGGUUGUUCCCAUUUUAGUGUUCCAGGUAUUGCUAGCGAAUAAACUAGAUGGAGAUAUUUCAAUAAAUUAUAUAACCGUGGCAAUGCCGCUCCUUGUGUCGCACAUGACUCUUAUUUUUAUGUCCUUUGGUGCAAAGGGCGGAAAUAGAUGGUGGUUUGGUAUCAGAAAAGACUUUUGUCACUUCCUGCUAGGUCUAUGUCCGUUGCUUCAGGAAUAUGGUAAUAUUUCGUAUCAGCCAAGGGACGAGCGAGAUCAGCCACCGUCCGAGCCAAUGAUUACUGAAAAGAGUGAGAAGCUUAUUAAGAAGAUCGACCUAAUGAAACCUGUUGUGCCUAUAAUCUCUAUAGACAUGCCUGACUGAUUGGCUCAAAACAGCUUCUCAUUUUCUCCUCUUGUAGGGUUAGCUCGGAUAUUUUUUAAUUGUUAUUUUUAAUGCAACUGACUUAUACAGAGGCCAAAUAUCUACUAUAAAAUAGUCAGGCCUUAUUAAGCAGAAAUUGAAUUACAUGGAUAUUCAUGUCGGCUGGGAUACAAGACUGAGCACCUCGCAUCUCUAAAGUAGCAUUGUGUUAGGAGGCGUUAAAGAAUGGAGAAAAAAAGUGGCUGGAUAAAUUAUAAGAGUGAUGUUGCUGUUAAUGUUGCUGGACAUCAUAAUGUUGAAUGCCCAAUCAUUUAUUAUAUUAUAAUGUAGAAAUAAUGUAUAUACAGACUGUUAUGUAUAAUAAUAAUAUUACGUAUGAUAGAUAUUGAAUAUUAUAUCUGUCUACCAUAUACAACGAUGGUAGACAAGUGCUAGUAACAUGUUACAUUAUUUUAUAUAUAUAUUACAUCUAAAAAAAUAUAAUCUAAUAAAGUUUCUAUUUUUUGGUAUCAACAA